CCUAAAUUCAAUGUUAUUCACUCUGAACUGAACUGAGUCAGUAACGCUAUUCGGUUCCAAGUACAAGUCGUUAAGAUUCGGUUUUUAUCUGCGCUUUUUACCCAUAAUAACCCCCAACGCAUUGUUAGUGCUUUAGAAAUUAUCAAACAAAGUUUGUGAUCGCCUGCGAGUAGAGUGCAAAUUAACAAAAAUGGGUUGCGCUACGUCUAUAGUGAAAUACCUCGUGUUUUUAUUUAAUUUCAUCUUCGUUCUUGCUGGUAUCGCCUUCAUCGUUAUUGGUGUCCUUAUCAAGUUAGAUGUGAGCGAAUUCAAACAAGUACUCGACAAAAUAGACCUUCCCUUUAGCGUUGCUCCGAUUUUGAUGAUCGUGGUGGGAGUUGUUGUUUUUGUUAUUGCAUUCUUUGGAUGUUGCGGAGCGAUUAAAGAGAGCACCUGCUUGUUAACCACGUACGCAGUUAUACUGUUGGUGAUCUUAAUAGCGCAAAUAGCCGUGGGUAUUUACGCCUUCAUUCAAACUAAGGAGACGAGCUUUAAGGAAUCUGACGUUCAGAGCGGAUUUGCAAAGCUUAUUUCGGACUAUGGUAUCAAAACGACAAAGGAAGCAGUGGACUUUGUGCAAGAGGAGCUGAAAUGCUGCGGUGCGAAGGAUAAAAAUGACUGGCAUAGUCAGAUUCCUGCAAGUUGCUGUAAGGGAGUUCAGGAUCCUAAUUACUGUCCCGCUGAUAAGGCAUACAGUUCUGGCUGUGGAGAGGAGUUAUAUAAUUUCCUUAUAAAAUCCUUUAACAUUAUUGGUAUUGUGAUUAUUGUUAUCGCAGCAGUCGAGUUAUUCGGAGCGGUAUUUGCGUUAUGCCUGUCCAGUUCGAUUAAGAAUAACGAAAGACGAGGACACUACCUUGCAGGAAUAGCAUUUAUUGCAGUAGGUGCCGUUUACCUGUUGGACAUUAAAAGUGUCACUGCAGCAGUUGACAGGACCGGAAUUCCAUUUUCAGUGGCACCUACACUACUACUGGUUGUGGGCAUUGUCGUCUUUGUGAUCUCCUUUUUGGGUUGUUGCGGAGCAGUCAAAGAGAGCUAUUGCUUGUUAAUUACGUAUGGUGUUAUUUUAUUGGUGCUAUUUUUAUUGCAAGUUGGUAUAGGUGCUUAUGCCUUUAUGCAACUCAAAGAUUCUGAUGGUGCUGAUAAAGUAUCAAUUGAGAAUGAAUUAAGGACAACAAUGAGGGAGUAUCCUCAUAGCAAUCAGGCCCAGGCGACGUUUGACACCUUGCAGGGUCAGCUAAAGUGCUGUGGUGUGCGGGGCCCAUCUGAUUGGAAUGGAGUAACUGUCCCCCUUAGCUGUUGUGAGUGGGGUCCAACGCAGUGCUAUUUAGCUAACGCAUAUCAAGAUGGUUGCUUUCCUAUCUUGUACUCAUUUCUACACCAGAGCAUCACAAUUAUCGGAAUUAUUUUUGUGACAAUUGGUGGGAUUGAGUUAUUGGGUGCCAUAUGUGCUUUUUGUUUGUGCUGCUCAUUGUAGCUAGUGAGUCCGUGUUUUAAAAAUGACAGACUCACCUUCAUUUGUAAUGUCAAGAUACUCAAAUUACCUGUUCAUUAAGAGAGAUGGAUGCUCGAGUUUGAUUACAUUUGUAUUUAGCGCAAUUGUACGGGUUUCAUCUAUCUCUCUUAACUGCUCAAACCGUGCAAUGAAAAGGUGAUCUCUGCCAUCUUGCCAUUUGUGCUUACUUGUUUGUUUUGUAUAACGUACCAUGAAAUAAUGUAGAAUUUUGACUGAUUGACAAGGUUGAUAUUUUAAAAGUAUUUGUAUAUGAUAUUAUAAGGAAAUUAUACACCUUAAACCGCU